UGAUUCUCGAAAAACAAAACUAGAUUGCGUACCAAAUUUCUCUGGCAGGUUGAGAGCUGGUUGCAGUGUCAAAAGUUGUUACUUUAUGAGUUUUUGAAUACCUUUCUAGAGAUAAUUACCCUAUCUGUCACCGAAGGAAUAGCAGGUUAUUCAAAAUGCCUUACGUAGGAGAUGAUUGGAGAUCACCGGGCGAGAUCUGGCUGAAGACUUCUGAUGGAUGGCGUACAUGCAGAACAAUAACAAUUCGAAGCAGAAGCAUGGAUCAGGAAAAUCAAAACAUUGAAGACAGCUCGUUGGAUGGAAAGAAAAGCAAUGCCGUCGCUACCAAGAGUGGAGGUUUCCUGUGGCAGACAAAAGCUCCAUACAUCAUAUUGCCUGGCUGCCCAAAACGUGGCCCGUCGUUUUACUUUGUUUCAAAGCGAACCUCAAGACCGAAUGGCAAUUACAGUACUGUUGAAGAAGCAUUUCAAGCCUUGGAAUUCAGCAGAGCCGUACGAGACCAACGCAAGUUUAGAUACGUUUGCAAGCUAUUAGAACUUUUGAUUCAAAAUCAGCACCUUUCGCCAGAGUAUGGAACGGCCCAGAAACAGGUCCAGGCUACUGUAGCUGAGAUUGUUAACCACGUUCUGGAUACCGAGUGCAAUGUGCAUGUUGCAAAAAAGAUUGUCAACUUACAAAGAGAAAAACACCUGGCUGCAAAAGAUAAGUACGCCGGGAGGAGAAUGGCCUUCGAUCGAAAGCUAUAUGAACUCGUGGAUCUCUUGGGAAAGUUAAAACGAUUUCGGGUCAAAAAGCUUAGGAAAGGAAUCACAAUAACAUCGAUGAACAUAACAGAGUUACCCGAAGAGUGUAUCCGUCAUAUUGUUUCCUGUUUCUCAGACCAUCGAGAUAUCUGUAGAAUAGCACGAGUCAACAGGCAAUUUAACAAGAUAUGCAACGAGUCUUCUUUAUGGAAAGGGCUAUGCAAGUUCCAUUUCUCCAAACAGCAGUUACAAAAGGUCAAAGUGGAAGCCUAUCCUAAUUGGAAAGGAUUAUACAGAAUGUUAAUAAGGCAGUGCCAAUUGCGCGAUGUCUAUGCAGAUAUUCUAGAGCUUUGUUCUCAUUGCCACUGCAUGUUUUGGACGGGAACAUGUCACCCAUGCACCUAUGAUGGAGAGAAACAUGAUCAUCAGCCUCCUGUUUUCAUUCCUGUCACACCAGAAGGAUUUUUUCAUCUCUUUUAGAACUAAUUUCGUCGGCAACUUGCUUCAUACGGAAUUAAUAUGAGUAAUUGACGAUUCUCAAUGUCCAGUAAGCAGAGCUACAUGGUUAUGAAAUCAAAGAUUUUUUGGCCAUAAAAGUGUAAAUAAAGAAGUCUAUUAUUGUUUCAUCUUUGGAUUAAGUUAUAUGUUUCUUAAAGUUAUGUGUUCAGGUUAGAGCAAGGUCGCUGUGAGUUUAAAGGCUCCUGCGCAACCGUUUGCGACUGUAAUCUUAAAGUCGAACUGCAUGAAGAUACAAAAUGUUGUCAAUUGCCGCUAAGCAUGCUGGUUGCGCAAGACAACUGCCGCUAAGCAUGCUGGUAGCGCAAGAGCUCUUAAGGAAGCUAUCCGCUAUUUCUAUUUAUGUUUGCUUCUGCAAAGCUAAAAACAUAGAGAAGGAAUUCGAGGACUAGAUUAUAACGUUGCUAUUCAAGGUCACCUUUCUAAAGUGUGCGCGAAUAGGUUUGUCACUGUAGUCUUCUUAAUCAACAACUGAACCCAGUUACAGUAAAUUCAAGUGUGUUGCAUCGUGACAAAAGAAAGGGUGCUGGUGGGGGAGGGGGGGCUUGUCAUGCCAUACGUUUGUCAGAUUUGUCGGAGAGUUUUGAUGAGAUUAUCAUAAAACAAUUGGGUAUCACUGGCAGUGUUAUGUGUCUCCUGUCUUAGCAGAAUAAAUUCACGAAAAAACAGUUCUCGAUCAGCAUGACUCGCUGGAUCCAGAUCGCAAGACAAGGAGAUUGUGAUUAGAUUCAAGGUUAAUGCAAACGGCAAUUUUAAGUCUAUUCUUUCGUUCCGUAAGAUACCAUGUUUACUUAACUGUACUCUGAGGUAAGCAUUGAAAGAAAACUUGCUUUGGUGCUUUCUCAUUAGUAGUACUCUUUGCAAUUCCUUGUCAUUGUCCUGUGAUUCCUUAUAUAGCUGUGCUGCUUUCUUAUUUGCCAUAUUAAACACAGCUCCAUAAAAUUCUUCAUAGUGAGCAUCCCAUAAUAUACUAAGACUGAAAAGCCUCCCUCUACCAUUAGUGAAGUGACAUUUAUCUUCGAAUACCUUGAAAAAUACUUUUUGUAGAAAUUUAAUCAAAAAUAUAUACUUGCUUCAAUUGUAGUUGCUUAAAAUUAUUCAAUCUAUUGACAAUGAAUUUAGAUUCUGUGUUUGUAGAUUAUCAAAAGUUGAUAGUGAAUAUAUACCAUAUAUAAAUAUUUCUUCCCAU